AUCCAUAAUUUUUAUUUAUUUAUUGUCAAGGAGUAUAUCCAAUCAUAUUGAUAUCAAUCAUAAUCAUAGGAGAAAUUGUAUUAUAAAUGUGGCUUAGACAAAACAUGAGGUCUCAUCAGAAUGGCUGAUAAACACAAAUGUUUCUACUUUUUAAGGCAACAAAUGGAAGGGGCGAUUAUUCAUUUAUAUACAAGUAAGCUAAUCUAGCUCAUUGUUAGGAUCCCUAAGGAAACAUGGGCUAUUAGACAAGUAAUUUAGAAACCACUCAAUGUGAUCUGUCAUAGCGGUCCAAAUCUUUGAUUCCACAAAUUCCUUGGUUGAUACUGAGGAAAAUAGACUAGAUGACACAAAUGAGUAAUUUUUAUUAGGUGAAUCAUGUUGAUAGAACAAUAGACGAUACACAUUAUUUGAGACAGGCCCUUAAUCUGUUUUGGUAUCAUAUGGCUGCAACUGCAUGCUAUUUGUGAGUUCGCCGUAUCCGACCUGAGCAUUAAUUUGCUGUCUAUCCUGUGUCUCAUGGUAAAAACUAAACACAUUGAAGUCGAUUGUCACCAUAGCUGAGAUAGUCUUGUUAUUGGCAUCCUCUAUUUACAAUAUAUUGCUCAUGCAAAAAAAGUUGCAAAGUUGAAUCCAAGUCAUUUGCUCAAGAUUGACAGGCUACUUGGUUGACAAACUUGGGUUCACUAGUUUACUUUAAGCAAGGCAUGUGAUUUUUGCAUACUUGUAUAUGCAUAAGUACUAGGGAUAUCCUAUCAAAUUAUCUAACUCCUUGCUUUUAUAUUACCCCCAAGGAUGUACGUGUUUUUGGAGGUUCACAUUUAUACCUUGACGUGUUAUCCCCUUAUUGCAUAUAUGUACCUUCUUGUUUCAUACACAGUGGCUCUAACAUGGGAAACUAAACUUUAUUUGUGCAUCUAGACCAUUGUUACCCUCAUACUAACAUGGUUAACAGUUGCGACAUCAAAUGUAUUUAAAGAUUUGGGAUCUCUUGGAAGACCUAGUUUAAUUCCAGGUAUGCUACCUCAUCUUGUUUGGCCUUGGUGCAAUACUAAUGUAAUUACUCUGGCAUGCUGUAUGCUUCAAAAUUCAAUGAAAUUGACAAUCCGAUUUGGUUGAGCAUGGUUGGAGGGUUCUAGCUCUCAUGCCCCCACAGCAUAGAGUUGGAUUGAAGCAGUGGCAAAACUGAGAGCCAAGCCCUUACAUUGAAGCAUCGAUCAGCAUCGGUGAGAAUGGUGGCAAGCUUCUCAUUAAAAUAGCGUGUCCACUCCUUGUCAUGGGCCUAAUGAGGAAAUUUGUGAACCUUCUAUCUCAUAAAAUGGCAAUCUACUUCAAUAUGCUUUAUCAAGUUCCGAGAAACAUGAGUAGCAGUAAUUUGGAAGACUGUAUGAAUUAUCACAUAAAUUGAGUUGAAGAUGAUGUUCUAAUUCCAAAAUAUUUACAAAAGCACGAAUACAAACUUUCACAAAAUUGUUGAUAUCAUUUGUCUAUAUUCGUCAUCCAACUAAUCUACCAUUUUGUUUCUUAUCAUGCCAUGAAAUAAAAGGGUCCCCACUAAAUAUAUGCACUCUGUGUGCGCCAGUGUUUAAAACCUUGGUGAAUCAAAAUCAGACAUGUCCAAGUCACUUGGACCAACACUUUACUGGUUCUGGAUGACCCUGAAUUGGAUAGCCCCCAUCUUAUUGGAGUUCGGCUGAGUCUUGACUGAGUUCUCCAGGCCUCAAAAGAAAAACCUGUGAUUCACGUCCAUCUUGACUUGUCAGACUCGGCACUUGGCAAUACACUUUGGAUCUGGCCCCUGUCCAGUUCUGUGCUCAUUUAUGUGUUUUUAAACACUAUUGUAUGCUUAUGCUACCAACUGAAUAUCUUAUGAUGAUGAUAGAAUCAACCAUCAACAUAUCUGAUAAAAUGAUGUGCAUCAAUCAUGUUUAACACCUUAAAAGACAGAAUGGGCUCCAGCUUGAGAUAUUUCAGGUUUUGUCAUAGUUAGAUAUGACAUCACACAACUAAAUUGUUUACUUGGAGGAUGUUGAAGAAUAUUGCCAUCACCAUCGAAAGCCUUAACAUGAAGCUCUAAGGGCAAUGCAACAAUUAGAUUAUUAGUUAGAUAUGCUUGACAAGAUCCUAUGCUUACUUAUUGAAUGACAAUGACCCCUCUAAAUGGCCUAGUCUUCUCAAGAAUAGAAACUAUGAAAGGAGGCCCAUGUCCUUCACAUAGGUGUUGGAAAUGAUUCCGAAUUUGCAACGUUUUAGGAAUUAGAAUCACAGAAUCGCUGUUGGCUAGAAGAUUCUUGUUUUUGGAAUCAACGUCUGUACAAGAGGAAUCGUGGGAAACGAGAUUCCUAUGUUAUAUGAAUCGUGAUUCAACAAAAUGGACUUGAGAUCCCUACAUAGAUGGAAUCAAGAUUCCUAGCUCUAUGUAAUCGAGUUUUCGACCUAUUUGGAGUCGACCAAUAUGGAAUCGAGAUUCCUUCAUUUAUAGAAUUGAGAUUCUGACAUCUUUGGAAUCAGAAGGGAAUUGAGAGGGAAACAAUACAUGUCUCAAUGCCAUUUAUUGACCGAUUGCCAUACAUGGACGUUUACAUUAUAUCUAACCUUUUGGAGUUGCAAUCUCUCUAUUGGAUCAAUACAAUGCAUACUUAAAGAAUAAAUAGAAAACAUGGACUACCACUUUGGUUUUUAUUGGUCCACUCAUGCCACAAAAGAUGACUACACCUUUUAGCUUGAGACAAUGUUUUAAAAUGCAGGAUGUGACUCGAUGCAUUGGGGGGGCCAAUGCGGCGAUGCGGCUCAAUGCCGUCCAGAUGCAGGUGCAUUGCCGCGAUGCGCUGAUUCUGAUGAUCAAGAACGAUUCAUCCUGUCAUCGCAGUAAUAGCCUGUUGCAGAAAAGUUUCAAGGGAAACAUUUCUAAUCGGGCUCCGCAAGAAAACUUCAGAAGAAUGCUUGGAGUGAAGACCCAUCUGUCUGUGGGAUUUCCGCUCACAAGCAGGGUUCCACGGAGCGGCCACAUCAUGAAAUAUGCAUUUGAUAACUUUGAUGACCUUUUUGCACAUUCAUUUUACUUGCCCAUAUGAAUAGGGUUUCUAUGGUGUUU